AUGACUUCACGAUGGGCAGACUCGGCGGAGGACGCAGCAGAAGAUGCGCGACGAAAAGCGGAAAAGGAAGAAAAGAAGAGGCUCAAGGCGGAAAAGCAGCGAAAAGCACAGGAAGCUGAACGCGAAGCGGCAGCAGCUCAGUCGAAUGGCCAUGCGGAAAACGACGAAGAUCGGCCGUCAAAGCGAAGACGAUUAUCACAAGACGAGCCUCCUCAAGAGCGGAAGUUGCUUCACUUCAUUGCUCCAUCGUGGCAGCCCUGUCGAUCGGUGGAGAGAUUUGACCGCUUGAACCACAUCGAGGAGGGCAGCUAUGGCUAUGUUUCGCGUGCCAAAGAUGAGACCACCGGAGAGAUUGUCGCGAUUAAGAAGCUCAAGCUAGAUCUCAUGCGCGACGGAGGAUUCCCUGUGACGGCAUUACGAGAGAUACAGACCCUCAACGCGGCAAAACACAGACAUGUGGUGGAGCUUCGCGAGGUAGUGGCAGGUGAAGGAAGUGCCAAAGGAGAUGUCUAUCUGGUCAUGGAGUUCCUGGAGCACGAUCUCAAAUCUCUACAGGAAGAUAUGGAGGAGGCUUUCCUCCCAUCAGAGGUCAAGACACUGCUCCUCCAACUCGGCAGCGCAGUCGAGUACCUGCACGACAACUGGAUCCUACACCGAGACCUCAAAACGAGCAACAUCCUCAUGAACAACCGCGGCGAGAUCAAAGUUGCAGACUUUGGCAUGGCACGAUUUCGCGGCGACCCACCGCCGGCAAACCUCACACAGCUGGUUGUUACACUCUGGUAUCGCGCACCAGAACUGCUCCUUGGGGCGACAACAUACGACUCGGCAAUCGACAUGUGGAGCAUUGGCUGCAUUUUCGCAGAGCUUCUCACAAAGCAACCCCUGCUACAAGGCAAGAAUGAAGUCGAUCAGCUUAGCAAGAUAUUUGAAAUAUGCGGCAUCCCCACUGAGGAUACCUGGCCUGGUUUCAAGCGUCUCCCCAAUGCUCGCUCGUUGCGUCUACCGACAAACAGCAAAUCCGCUCAAGGCUCCAUCAUACGAUCAAAGUUCCCAACUUUGACGAACGGAGGCGCCGGGCUGCUGAAUGACUUGCUUUCACUUGAUCCGAAUCGACGACCUUCCGCGAAGGAGAUGUUGGAGCAUGCAUAUUUCCGUGAAGAUCCGCGUCCGAAACCAACUGCAAUGUUCCCGACAUUCCCGUCAAAGGCCGGACAGGAGAAGCGAAGAAGACAGGCGAGUCCAAACGCCCCCGUACGCGGCGCGGCGCCUGGACUCCAAGGCGAGGUAGACUUCAGCUCGAUUUUCAAGGGACGGGACGAAGAAGAGAAAGGCGGUGGGUUUCAACUCAAGCUUGUUUGA